CAGAGAGCUUCAGUCCCAUACCUGCCUCACACUCAUGUCACUGCUGUGCUACUGCACCGCGCUCUCUACCACGUCCAGGAUGUGGGUUCGUGUGUCGAGUCGGUGAUGUGCGCGCUGGUGAAUGAAUGGCAGAGGGAGGCACCGAGCUGGAGACCGUGGACGCUUUCAUGGGCUUGUGAGACGCGCACAGAGAGCAUGGAUGCUGGGCAAUAAACCGCAGAACCUGAGUGGUGAAGAUGCAGCACACCUCGUGUACAGAGGACAGGAUCCAGCAUGCUCUGGACAGAUGUCUGGACGGGCUGAGACAGAGCCCCACAGCAGCGCACCACUGGAACGUUCUGAUGUGCUCUGCUGGUCAGUCAAUGAAUCGCUGGAGCCUGGAAGAGUUGGUGAAGAGAGACCCAGACAAUUUCCUCAUCCUCUUACAGCAGAUCCUUAUAAAGACCAAAGAGGUUCAGGAGCAGUGUCAGUAUGAGCUGGUGGCUCCACUCGCCAUCAUGUUCUCCUCCACACUGCUUCAGACCCCAUACUGUCCUCCAGACAAAGAGCUGCUUGAAGAAGCUAUCAAGGUGUUCCGCAGCUUUCUCACCUGGCCCGAGCCUUACUGCAGUGUGUGUAAAAACCUCCUGUCCACACUCCAGGUGGAGCUCAAGGCUCCAGGGAUCUCCUUUCAGAGACUCGUGAGAGAGGAGCAAGGCCUUACUGACUCCAGCCAGCGCUCCAAGACUGUGACUGUGCUGCUGAUGAACCCGGGUGAGGUGCCUGUGGACUUUCUGUCAGUGGCCGAGCAGCUCUGUCACAUAAGACAUUCUCAGAAGGAGACCUACAUCAUCCUGAUCAAACACGCCUUCCAGUCCACACUAGGCACCAAGUAUCCACUGCACAGUAUCCACAGAGUGCUUCAGGCGAAAACUGUGAAUGAACUGGGUGAGAUUUUCUCGGGAGUGAGUGACAUCUUGGAGACGGCGGCUGCCAUCAGUGACCCUGUGAAAGGGCGCAGUCAUGUGAUCCAGGGACUCGAGGAACUGAGGGAGAGAAUGAGAAUCCCAGCGUCCAAUGGAAGGAAGUCUGAUGGAAUGCUACAGACGCUACCGCUGCCUACAGCCAAGUGUUACAUGUUUCACUGGGAAAAAGAUAACUUUGAUGUACUGAACACCCUUUUGGAGGAUGACACUGAUGAUUUCACCGCUAAUGGUCACGCUGAGGAUGAAAAGGAGUUUGACCUGGACGAUGAUGAUGAUGAUGAAGAACGGAAUUUGACAGAUGGAGACGAUGAGGAGGAAGGAGACCGAGAAGAGGAGCAUUUGCCGUCAAUGACUUUCAUCCCUAAUGGAUACAGUGACAACCACCGUGCCUCCACCUUCUCCACCAUCUCCUCCCUUUCCACUGCCUCCAAAGACUCAAUGUUCUCCACCUUGUCUGUGGCCUCAGAGUCUUAUGCCCAAUCACUGUUUUCUGUCACUUCCGGUGUCGAUAGUGACUAUUGUGAGGAAUAUGAGGACUACACGGGCUCCUCUCCCAUCUCAGAAAAAUAUUCUCCAAAGUCUACCAAAGCUACGGCCCGGCUUAGCCAGCACUUGCACAAGUUCUUCUCCAAGAGCCCUGGGUCUCUCUGCAGGGCGAAAAGCUUAGGGAACACAGAAUCCAAAGACCUUUUCGUGGUGCGAGAGAAGCGCUCCAACUCUCUACCACAGCAAGUCAGGUUGCUAAAUUCUGAGCCCCUACUCCAGCCACAAAGCCAAACUCUCAGACACGUCUGCUUCAGAAGGAGGCCCAUUCUUAGCAGUGAUGAGGACAGCAAAAAUACAACUUUGAGGGUUGUUGUGUUUGGAGCUGAUCAUGUGGCAGGGAAGGUGGCCCGGGCCUAUAACAGCCUGAGGAGGAAGGAGAGCGCAUGUCCACGUCUCAGUAGGGUCUUCAAGCUUCAGUUCUACUUUGUGCCGGUGAGGAGGGACUCAGCAGAUGGACCAGGGAGUGUGAAGUGUUCUAGUCCUUUGGUUCCAGCUGGAACUCCAAAACGAGCAAGUCUGCCUAAUGUUCUGGGCACAGGGGACAGUACUAAUGACAUUGCCCAUCUGCUUGGUAUGUUGGACCCUUGGUACGAAAGAAACACACUCAGCCUGCUGAACCUCCCUGCCAGCAUCGUCUGCCAGCAAACCUCAAAGACAGAGUCAGAGUCCUAUGAUGGUUCAUAUGAGCAGCGCCUGCCCAUCCUGGCUGACUUGGUCCUGUACUACUGUCGCUACGCUGCCCGGCCAGCUCUGAUCCAGCUCUAUCAGGCUGAGUUGACGUUAGCGAGUGGGCAGAAGAGGACUGAGGUGUUCGUCCACUCCCUAGAGCUUGGCCACACCGCAGGGACGCGAGCCAUCAAAGCCAUGGGUGCUGCCAGUAAACGCUUUGGUAUUGAUGGCGACCGAGAAGCGGUGCCUCUAAUGUUGGAGUUGGUGUACAACAGGGUGGUUAUUAGUGGGAGAAGCCAAUGGAAAAGAGAAGCAAAAGUCUGCACGUCAGUCAAUUUGACCAAAGCAUGCAAAAACCCAGAGGAACUAGACUCGAAGAUGGAGUGCUUGCAGCUCGUCAUGACUGAGGUUCUGAAGAGACAGAGUGGCAAAAGUAAGAAGGGCUUUAACCAGCAGUUGAAUGUGACAGAGGUGAAGGUGGACAAGGUGCAGGUGUGUGGUGCUGCAAACACAACCUUUGCUGUGUGUCUGGACCAGGAUGAGAAGAAGAUACUUCAGUCUGUCACCAGGUGUGAAAUAUCAGUGUGCUAUAAACCGGACAGCUCUGCGGACUGGAGACUAAGAAAAUCCCAGACCUCUGCGCAAAUCCAGCCACUCCACCCCACCUUCUGCUCCCUCCUCUGCCUGCCCAUUGUCACUUUCAGUGGGGCUCUUCCAUGACACUUCUGGAGCGCCGGUUCAUCUGGUUAUCCACAUGUCUGAAUAACAGACAGUGACUGCAAAGAAGUGCACACAAUGUACACACUGUACGUCUUCAGACUGCUACGUUGACUC